CAUCCUAUCCACAUCUCUCAGCUCUUCAUUAUGCUUCCAUUCCCACCUCUCAGUUCUCAAAAUUUAGCUUGACGAACACAGAGCUAGAGCAAAGGUUACAUUCAUUUUCCCAAGAAAAAAAAAUUGUAUUUUAAACCUCAGGCGCCAUGGCUCAGACCAUGCUGAUCACUCCUAGCGUUUCCGGGCAUUCAGUGCUGGAUUUGAAGAGACAGCCUCUGCUUCAGAGACUCAGGCCCAAGCCAUUCUCCCACCUUCUCCUCCCUCCACUUCCCACCUCUUCCUCCACUUCAUCUCCUGCAUUUACAACUCUUGCUCUCUUCAAAUCAAAGACCAAAGCCGCUCCUCCAAAGAAGGUUGCGAAGCCGAAGCCACAGGUUGAAGAUGGAAUAUUUGGCACCUCUGGUGGCAUUGGCUUCACCAAAAAAAAUGAGCUGUUCGUGGGUCGUGUUGCCAUGAUCGGCUUUGCUGCAUCCCUGUUGGGUGAGGCAAUUACAGGGAAGGGAAUCCUAGCACAAUUGAAUCUAGAAACUGGAAUCCCUAUCUACGAAGCUGAGCCACUUCUCCUCUUCUUCAUCCUUUUCACCCUGCUUGGAGCCAUAGGAGCUUUGGGUGACCGUGGCCGCUUCGUUGAUGAUGACCCUCCGACUGGAAUUGAGGGGGCAGUCAUCCCUCCCGGCAAAGGCCUCAGAUCAGCAUUAGGACUCAGGGAAGGAGGUCCUCUAUUUGGAUUCACAAAGUCGAAUGAGCUGUUUGUGGGAAGAUUGGCUCAGUUGGGCAUCGUCUUCUCUAUAAUUGGAGAAAUAAUUACAGGGAAGGGAGCUCUGGCACAACUGAACAUCGAGACAGGAGUUCCGAUUAGUGAUAUCGAACCCCUCGUCCUCUUCAAUGUCAUUUUCUUCUUCUUUGCUGCAUUGAAUCCCGGGUCGGGAAAAUUUGUGACAGAUGACGAAGAGGAGUAGAUUCUUGUUUGUGUGAACAAGACUGGAUUUACAAGCAACUUCUUUACAUUCUACGUUCAAGCAUGUAUCAAAUAACGCUCUAUUUUGUUGCCUAAUCUCUCUUCCUUUGAAAUGGCAUUUUGCUUUCUCUUUCUGUUUUAA